AUGUCAGUAUGGGAAUGGGGGGGUCUGGGAAAGACCACUCUCGUCAAUGAUGUCUACAGAAGCCAAGAAGUCAAGCGGUAUUUUGAUCGCAGAGCAUGGGUGUGCAUCUCCCAGAAAUGUACGGUCGAAGAUCUAAUGAGAAGACUCAUCGAAGACCUCUACAAUGAAAAUCGUGAUAUUCUUCUAGGCAACAUUGACACAAUGCCUUGCGACACUAUGGUGGAGGUACUUCAUGCUUAUUUGCAGCAAAAGAGGUAUCUGAUCGUCCUAGAUGAUAUGUGGCAUAUAAAUGGUUGGUUUGAUGAAUUAAGUCCAGUGCUGGUAGAUAGUAAAUGUAGAAGUAGAAUUGUUGUAACAACUCGGAAUCAUGAUGUAGCUUACCUAGCGGUUGAAAGCCGUGUUCUGGAGCUGCGGCCUCUGCAAGAGGGUGAUGCAUGGAUUCUCUUCCGUAAUAAAGCAUUCUAG